AAAGUCGGGCAGCAAAUCGCGGUUAAUAUGGAUCAACUGGUUUGGCUUUCGUUUUGCAUUUCAAUCGGCUUUUCGCUCCUGGGAAAUUUCUCCACUGGCCUUCCGUUUGAGGAUGGCAAUAAUAACAACGUUAAAAUAACCCGCCGGAGCUUGGAGCUAACGCAAACCAUUAAUAUACAACGCCAGGAGUUCAUGCAGCGCCAAUGCGAGCUGCUUGGCGACCACACACAAACUUUGGAGGAUCUCAGCGAGCUGCAGAUGGACCACAUGAUCGUGGACAAAAAGCACAAACUUCUCUACUGCUAUGUGCCCAAGGUUGCCUGCACAAACUGGAAGCGUGUGCUAAUGAUGCUCACAAACAAGUGGCACAACGGAACCGAUCCCCUACAGAUUCCCGGAUCCCUGGCCCACUCCGUGGGCAUGUUCACUAAGCUCUAUGAUCUAUCCGAAGCGGAACAGCAACAGGUUCUCAGCGAUGAGUAUACGCGAUUUAUCCUGGUGCGACAUCCGCUCGAGCGUCUUCUCUCCGCCUAUCGGAAUAAGUUGGAGGGUGAUUCCCCCAGUGCCCGCUACUUCCAGUCGCGCGUUGGCCGCCAAAUCGUGAAGGAGCUGCGCCCGGGAGCUAGCAACAAUUCGUUGGAACGCGGCGAUGAUGUCAGCUUUGGGGAGUUCAUUGAAUAUCUGGUCACCCCGGAGCUGAGUCGAGCCAAUCAGUCGGACUACAACGAGCACUGGGAGGUUAUAGCCAAACUGUGCAAUCCAUGUGUAAUGAAGUACAACGUAGUGGGCAAAUACGACACUCUCUUGGAUGACUCAGCGCUGGCUCUCUACCUGGCUGGAGCCGACAAUCUAACAUUCCCCACUGGUCACAAACCGUCGAGCACUCGAGCCAAUCUGCGCAACUACUUCGAUCCCCUGCCCAUCGGUGCCAUACGCAAGUUGUACGAUAUUUAUGAGGACGACUUUCGACUCUUUGACUACGCACUGGACGAGGUGCUCGGCUUUGAGUUUGGCUAAAUGUGAAUAGCUAGCUGCUCUCUCAACAUCCCCAAGUCACCACCAUAACGCUUUCCACUGGAAAAGAUUGUGAUUUUAGGCUAGGAUUUGUAGACUUAGGUGCACUCCCAUGCGAAUAUUAUUUUUGUUCUGUAUACAUACCGCCCCGCGCACAAAUGUUUCCAAGGGUUUUGAUUGUAAAACUUAUUUAUAAUUAUUAAUGUUUCAUCCUCUAAGGUUUUAUAUAUAUUAGGCAAUUAAAGUGUCAAUCGAUUAGUGUUAAAUUAUUACAUUACCCAUUAAAUAUAGUACAUAGUUGCAUUAAAACUCCCAA